AUGUCGAACGCUGGCCCAGCCUACUAUUGCGAUAUUGAGUCUGAGUCUCUUGAAAGGUAUCGUCCUGGUGGUUAUCACCCCGUCAACAUCGACGACACCUUCCAUUCGGGACGGUAUCGUGUCCUUCAGAAGCUGGGAUGGGGGGGCUACUCCACCGUGUGGCUGGUCUACGACUCGAUGCUAUGUCGACUCGCGACACUGAAAGUUGUGGUCUCGGAGAUCAGUGAGACAUCCAAUGAAGUUCGAAUACUCCAACGACUUGCUUCGGUUCCGGCAAAACAUGAUGGCCAACGCCAUUUGCGCAAGCUCACAGACCACUUUUUCCACGUCGGCCCUAACGGCAGACAUCAGUGUCUCGUUUUCAAUGUCGACGGUGUCAGCGUUCCGACUCUUGUUGCUCGAUGCGGUGGCGGUACCAGGCUGCCGGGGCGUCUAGCCUGGCAGCUUUCGAAACAAAUCACACUUGCAUUGGACUGUCUUCACUCGAAUGGUAUUGCCUACGGUGAUCUUUACACCGGCAACAUCUUGGUUUCGCAAAGGGAGGCACAGUUCUCAGACCCAGGCUUAUUAAGACACCUUGGACCACCAGUCCUGGCAAAUAUCCAUGCACGACCUGGUUGCCAGAUUACCAAAAGUUUCCCACGGCAUAUUGUGGAGCCAGCUACGCUUCCUAUUCCAGAUUUGACGGGACAGGUACACGCGACACUCAUCGAUUUUGAGCAAGCAUUCCUCCGGACCGACCAGUCUCUCGCAAGGGUUCGUACCCCAUUGAUUUUCAGAGCUCCAGAGACGCUGCUGGAUUCGACGUGGGACCUACGGAUGGAUAUAUGGUCUUUAGCAUGUACGAUUUUCGAGCUUGUUACAGGACAGCCACCUUUCGACAACUUCAUGCCGGCAAAGGCUCCCUUGGUAUUAGAGUGGAUUGCAAUGUUUGGAGACGUCCCGGAAGAAUGGAGGAAGCAGGCCAAGGUAGUUGUGGCUGACUGUAAGGAUGAUAUCGAUGGAGGCUCACUUUCAAGCUGGCUUUGUGAAACUUACUUCGGCAGCGCGACAGAGGCUGAAUUCGCUAAGGAAGAUAUCAAGCGACUGGGCGAUCUGCUGACUAGAAUGAUGUGCUACCUGCCGAGGGAUCGAUUGUCAGCUCAAGACAUCCUGAAGCAUGAGUGGUUCGUGAAGAACCCCUUCGCUGGUAAAAACGAAGAAUGA